AUUCAUAUUCCUUGACUAAAAGAAAGGUAUAUUCCCUGGUUUGUAGUGAUCAUGUGGGUGUUAUAUUCAUAUUCCUUGACUGAAAGAAAGGUAUAUUCCCUGGUUUGUAGUGAUCAUGUGGGUGUUAUAUUCAUAUUCCUUGACUGAAAGAAAGGUAUAUUCCCUGGUUUGUAGUGAUCCUGUUGGUGUUAUAUUCCUAUUCCUUGACUGAAAGAAAGGUAUAUUCCUUGUUUUGUAGUGAUCCUGUUGAUGUUAUAUUCCUAUUCCUAUACUUAAAGAAAGGGGACAAAUGUCAGUACCAUGUGAUCUACACACAAACAGACAUUUUUAAAUAACUGUCCCUUAAUGUUUUUACACAUAAAUUGCACAUGCAUUGUGUAUUUGACCCAGAACAAAAUGAUCUACAUCUGAACCAACUAUUGUGAAGUUAACAAAUUUAAUAUCACUAGAAAGUAUCAUUAUGUUAAGAGAAAAGUGACACGUAGCCAGAUAAAAACAGUUAAUUUCAUAAUCAGUCUCCUGUGUUUUCUGUGAAAAACAAAGACAUCUGACGGUAGAUUCCGAAAUUUGUCUGAUUGUCAUACUUGUCACUUUAAAGCCUACUGCAGACGAGAGCUGCCAGCUAAGAAAAACGUUACUUAAGACAUUUUGCUCAGCUGUAGGCUCCUAGCAAUUUCACUGCACACAAUGAGCUACGUGCUGAGCUAGUUUGCUUACAACUGUCACAAUGACGUCAAGAUGACUCAAUUUUCGUGUUGGCUAAUUCAGCUCAGCUGAUGGCAUACGUAGCCUGCACACAGUGAGAUUUUUGCCAUGCGUGGCCAGAAUAUCAAACACGAUAGAUAUUUUUCUCAUGACCAAAUCUUUUUUUUUGAUGCCUUUGAUUUAUUUACUCAAAUUUAUCAACAUGUAGUACAACUGGUUGUGUUCUGUUUGCUAAUAUAUUGCUGGUUCUGGCAGAUUUGAAGAGUACCAGUCUUGUAUGCAUUUGUUUUCAUUUUAAUCAUAUCACUGCCUAGAACCGAUAUUGUCUAUUGCUUCUGUUAUAUCGACAAAUCCUGGUAGUGUGACUACAAAAAAUUGUGAUUAAAUCUUUGUCUUCUGUUAAUGUCUUACGUUUGGAGGUCAUUUACCAUUAUUUAAGUGAGUAGAUAUUCAGAGAAUUUUUACAUUUUAGAACUGCAAUGGGCCUGUUUUCCAUUAAUGUGAUUCUGUGCACGAUUUAUUAUGUGUGUUAACAUGCACGGAAAUGUGCUUUUCGAAAUCUGCAUUUUCACAAGUGGAUUAUUAUACAGAAUUUGACGUUGAAGCUGCAGCUUUAUACAGGAUACUCCCCAAGUGUCUUGUGAUAUCAUAAUUUAUCAGCACAAGUUGAUAAAAGUAUUUUUAUACUGUUACCAACAAGUUAAAUACAUACUUUUUAUACUGUUACCAACAAGUUAAAUAAAUUAUGAUAUGACAAGACACAAGGGGGGUAUUCUUUUUAUCAUCCACUAUCAUUCUUUUCAUAUGUGACAAUUGUAAACAAUGUCAGUAAUGUGAGUUGAAUGUCACUAUAUUUGGCAGCGGUAGACUCGUUAACUUGCAAAACGACAAUGGCGUGAAGUCACUAAUGAUAAGAUUAGUGCUGAAACUUGCACAUUGACGAAACAAAAUAUUGUCUUAUGAUUAAAAUUUGACCAAUCAAGAUUAUAAGAAGCGAUAUCUCCUAGGAAAAUAUUGCAUGAGAUAUCGCAAAUUAUAGUGCCAGCGAUAUCUCUUACAAAAGUCUUUAAUGGAUGAUAAAAUGAUGUCAUCACUCUGAAAAUCAAGAAUUGCUAAUUAACUUACUUUUUUGAGCACAUCAAAUUUGUGUUCAUGUAAAACGGGCAUAAUAAUGCAUUUCUUUCCUACUAUUUAAAAUGUGGUGUAUGGCAAAUUGCUAUAUCAGUUAUUUUUAAAAUCCCAAUGUGCAAUUUAUUAAAUUAUUAUUUACUUAUUAACUGUUUGGUAUAUUUGUUCAUUAACAGUCUUAAAUAUAGAUCUGUAAUUGCUUAAUUAUCAGUAUCAACAAUUGUUUUACCAUAGUUCAGUUAUGGUACCAAGACAUAGCAAGAUGUGUCACUACAGUAAUACUCAGUGUCCCAGGCAUUGUUUAUCAUGUGUCACUACAGCAAUACCCAGUGUCCCAGGCAUUGUUUAUCAUGUGUCACUACAGCAAUAUCCAGUGUCCCAGGCAUUGUUUAUCAUGUGUCACUACAGCAAUACCCAGUGUCCCAGGCAUUGUUUAUCAUGUGUCACUACAGCAAUACCCAGUGUCCCAGGCAUUGUUUAUCAUGUGUCACUACAGCAAUAUCCAGUGUCCCAGGCAUUGUUUAUCAUGUGUCACUACAGCAAUAUCCAGUGUCCCAGGCAUUGUUUAUCAUGUGUCACUACAGCAAUAUCCAGUGUCCCAGGCAUUGUUUAUCAUGUGUCACUACAGCAAUACCCAGUGUCCCAGGCAUUGUUUAUCAUGUGUCACUACAGCAAUACCCAGUGUCCCAGGCAUUGUUUAUCAUGUGUCACUACAGCAAUAUCCAGUGUCCCAGGCAUUGUUUAUCAUGUGUCACUACAGCAAUACCCAGUGUCCCAGGCAUUGUUUAUCAUGUGUCACUACAGCAAUAUCCAGUGUCCCAGGCAUUGUUUAUCAUGUGUCACUACAGCAAUACCCAGUGUCCCAGGCAUUGUUUAUCAUGUGUCACUACAGCAGUACCCAGUGUCCCAGGCAUUGUUUAUCAUGUGUCACUACAGCAAUAUCCAGUGUCCCAGGCAUUGUUUAUCAUGUGUCACUACAGCAAUACCCAGUGUCCCAGGCAUUGUUUAUCAUGUGUCACUACAGCAAUACCCAGUGUCCCAGGCAUUGUUUAUCAUGUGUCACUACAGCAAUAUCCAGUGUCCCAGGCAUUGUUUAUCAUGUGUCACUACAGCAAUAUCCAGUGUCCCAGGCAUUGUUUAUCAUGUGUCACUACAGCAAUAUCCAGUGUCCCAGGCAUUGUUUAUCAUGUGUCACUACAGCAAUACUCAGUGUCCCAGGCAUUGUUUAUCAUGUGUCACUACAGCAAUACUCAGUGUCCCAGGCAUUGUUUAUCAUGUGUCACUACAGCAAUACCCAGUGUCCCAGGCAUUGUUUAUCAUGUGUCACUACAGCAAUACCCAGUGUCCCAGGCAUUGUUUAUCAUGUGUCACUACAGCAAUACCCAGUGUCCCAGGCAUUGUUUAUCAUGUGUCACUACAGCAAUAUCCAGUGUCCCAGGCAUUGUUUAUCAUGUGUCACUACAGCAAUACCCAGUGUCCCAGGCAUUGUUUAUCAUGUGUCACUACAGCAAUAUCCAGUGUCCCAGGCAUUGUUUAUCAUGUAGAUGAGUUAUGCUGUCUCGGUGCCAUAUGCAGUGUACUAUUGCAUUUUGGGAAAUGCCACAUAAAGGAUGUGUAUUACUACUCUUUGUGUUAAAUAUUACAGCAGAUCAACUAUGUGUAAUACAUGUAACUUGUGUACAUGUAGUUAUAUAAAAUGUACAUACUGUAUAGUUAAUAAUAAAAAUGUUUUGUAAUUUAUUCAUAUAAUUGUUUUAAUAGUUGAUUAUUUAUUAAUAUUUUUAAUAAUAAUGUUUUGUAAACAUAGUAAAAGUUAUAACGACAUUGUUCUAUAUAAGAAAACAGUAUUUUUUAUGAUCUUGACUUUUUCUGUUUUACAAUAUCAUUAAACAAAAACACUAUUCAGAUUCUGUAAACACAAAAGUAAAGAAAGGAAGAAACGAAAA